AUGGACCACCUUGCAGAAGAUGCCUAUCACAGCCUCCAAGAGGAGAGAGACUGCUGCCCAGAGAAUUGGUGGAAGCACAGCUCUAGCUGUUAUUUUAUCUCAGCUGUGGAGAAAACCUGGAAUGAGAGCAGACAAUACUGCAGAGAGAAAGAUGGAGACCUGGUGAUCAUCAAUAGCAAAGAGGAACAGGAGUUCUUAAAUGACAACAUGAAGGAGGGCAUGAAGGAGAUUUGGAUUGGCUUGAGUGACACAGACACAGAAGGAGUCUGGAGGUGGGUGGAUGGCACCCCAUUAACUGGGAGUUGCAGAAUGUGGAGAAUGGGAGAACCAAACGACAGUGAUGGGAAUGAGGACUGUGCUGUUUUCUGUAGAAUUACUCCAUCAAGCCCACAGCACUCCUCCAUUAUACAUGGCCAUCCAGCUACCCUCCAGGUCUGGAAUGACGUCCCCUGCUUCCGGCCAAUGCCCUUUAUCUCUUCCCAUGCUGUCACACCGGCACCGGGCUCUCCCUCGGCCACGCCCCCUCAUGCCACACCAGCACCUGACUCUCCCUCGGCCACGCCCCCUCAUGUCACACCAGCACCUGACUCUCCCUCGGCCACGCCCCCUCAUGCCACUCCAGCACCUGACUCUCCUACUGCCACACCCCUCGGCCACGCCCCCUCAUGCCACUCCAGCACCUGA